AUGUUGGACUAUCCAACAUGUAACCAACAUGUUGAAUUGUCCAACAUUUAUCGUUUGGCCGGGCCUUUAUGCUUCGUGGCCAAGCUUUUUUACUCCUUCUUUGAGACGCUUCUUCUCAGCAAGCAGGUGUUACUGGAAUUCACUGCAGGACGCUUAUUCGACCUGAUAUCUAAUGAUGUUAAGAGAAUGGAAGAAGAGACAGUCAAGUUUUUUUUCUUGACACCUUUUGCUGUCCUUUCGUAUGCAGGAACAAUAUUCCUCAUCUACACUUUGAUUGGUUGGCAGGCUACUACGGGUGUGUUCUUUCUGUGUAUUCUCAUUCCAUACUUUGCCGUCUUGUCCUAUGCUAGUGCCAAGCUGCGCUUGCGCACAGCUACAGUGUCCGAUCAGCGAAUCUCCCUAAUGAAUCAAGUAGUUUCCGGAAUCCGCGCGGUCAAAACGCAGGCGUGGGAGGACGAAUAUCAGAAAGAAACAAAAGAUAUGCGAAGAAAUGAAAUCAGCGUCAUUUCGAAGAGGACAGCCAUUCAGUCAAGUCUUGAUGCCUUGUUGUACAGUGCAACGCCAUUAGCUACUCUGGUGUCAGUAAUUACUAUGGUGCUCAGCGGCCAGACCCUCACACCUGCUAAUGUUUUUAUGCUGCUGUCGUUUAUGGGUUUUCUAAAAUUUGAUGGCAUGUGGAAUGUGAUAUAUGCAACAGAGCUAGGGCCAACUGAUCUAUACGUGUCAAAUGUAACCUGCGCAAAAAACCAUCGUGGAGAUGAAUUUAUUCUUCAGGAUAUCAACUUUGUUGCACCUUCAAAGAGUUUAACAGUUAUCACCGGGCCGGUUGGAAGUGGUAAGUCUACUUUACUCUCAGCGAUCGCUGGUGAAAUUUCCGAUACUAGUGGGACGAUUUUUUAUCGAGGCAAUGUCAUUUACUUGCCUCAGACUGCUUGGGUGUUCUCGGGAACGAUAAAAGAAAACAUUCUGUUUGGCCAGCCCUACGAGGAGUUCAGGUACGAAAGAAUAAUCGACGUCUGUGCUCUGAAAGAAGACUUUCAGCGGUUACCUGAUGGUGACCAAACAGUUGUUGGAGAACACGGCGAGGUUCUGAGUGGAGGACAACAGGCAAGAGUAAGUUUGGCUCGCGCAGUUUAUGCUGACGGAGAUUUUUACCUGUUGGAUGACCCACUAAGUGCCGUGGAUUUCAAAGUUGGCCAACACAUCUUUAACAAGUGCAUCAAAAAUCUACUGGCUGAUAAAAUUGUUCUGUUAACUUCUCAUCAGCAACAGCACAUGGAAAAUGCCGAUGAUGUAAUUGUGUUGUACAAAGGGCGUGUGCUAGAGAAGGGACGCUUUGUCGAGCUGCACGAAAAAGGUGUCAUCAGUGCAACUGUUGACCCGCUCUACAAAGCAACUUUAAAGGACAAAACAGAAUCAUCUGAGACGUUUGCCUUGGAGGAUACUGAGAAACACGGUGAUGAAGAAAAAUGCCAGAAAAUACAUCCCCUGCCAAAUGAAGCGAGGAGUUUGGAGAUAGCAAAGGAGGAUCGUACGAUCGGAGUUGUGACAUCCAAGCUUUACUGGGACUACUUCAGAAGUGGAGCUCAUCCUUUGAUGAUAACUGGAAUGGUUGUUUUAAUUCUCAUUACUCAAGCCGUCAUAGUUGCCCCGGACUUGUGGCUCUCCUUUCUUGCAAGGCUAGUCCAAGAGGAUCAGAAAAACAAGACUUUUCUUUCUGUCUUCGCCUGUCUGGUUGGCGCGUGUUUUAUAUUUACUAUCAUUCGGGCUUAUGGAUUCCUCCUACUUUCUCUAAAGUGCGCCGAGCGUCUCCACGAUAAAAUGGUUGUGGCCAUUUUACAAGCACCUGUUCUGUUCUUUGAUUCUAAUCCUGUGGGAAGAAUCCUAAAUCGCUUCUCGAAUGAUAUUGGCUGCGUGGAUGAGUUGUUACCCAAAACAUUCCUGUGGGCAAUACAGGUGCUCUUGCUGAUCUCUUUCCAAAUUCUGGUUAUAGUUGCCACAAAUUUUUGGCUCGUCUUUAUUGUUGUUCCAAUUUCUAUGCUGGUCUUUUUUCUUUCCAAUUAUUACUUGAAAACGGCCAGAGAACUAAAGAGGCUAGAGUCGAUAUCCCGCAGCCCAGUGUUCGCUCACUUUUCGGAGACUCUGGUUGGACUGGACACGAUUCGUACAAGAGGAAGACAGACAGAUUUUGUGGACGCACUAUACAGAUAUCAAGAUGUUCAUAAUCAGGCAUAUAUUAUGGUGAUGGCCAGCGGCAGAUGGCUGGGAACACGUUUGGAUUUUCUCGCUUCCCUGUUAGUCGGUGCAGUUGCUCUGGCUGCAGUCUUGGUAUCUCAAGAUGCUGCUUCUGCUGGUCUCGCUCUCGUUUAUGUCAUCCAAACUCUGAACAUGACUCAAUACGCAGUUAGAAAAGCCUCUGAAGUAGAAAACUACAUGACGUCAGUUGAACGAGUUAUAACCUACACCAAACUUGACCGGGAGCCUGGAUACCAGGAAGAGCGACAACCUCCAAAAGACUGGCCUCGAAGAGGAAGUAUUGUAUUCAGAGAUGUAUCUCUGACCUACUAUCCCGGGGGACCUCAAGUGCUGAAGAAAAUCAAUCUUAGCAUCAAAGGAGGAGAAAAGAUUGGAGUUGCCGGCCGCACAGGAGCUGGGAAGUCAUCCUUUGUAGCAGCUCUUAUGCGCAUGCCUGAUGCUGACGGAGAGAUAAUCAUCGACGAUGUUCCAAUUAAAGAGAUAGGCCUCCAACAAGCCCGACGAGGUAUCUCGGUUCUUGGCCAAAGUCCUGUUCUUUUUAGUGGAUCACUGAGAAAAAAUCUCGACAUUUUAGACAAGUUUCAAGACGCUGAAUUAUGGCAGGCCUUAGAGGAUGUGCAACUGAAAGAUUUCGUCGAGAGACUUGAAGCCAAGCUUGAUCACGAACUGCUGGAACAGGGCGCCAAUGUCAGUGUCGGAGAGCGGCAGUUAAUUUGCAUGGCUCGAGUGCUGCUACGACGAAGUAAAAUCGUCGUCUUGGACGAGCCAACUGCGCAUGUAGACCCAGACACAGAGCAGACGAUAUGGAAUGUAGUGCGGGAAAAACUGAAGGAGUCCACUGUCAUCACUAUAGCUCACCGUUUGAACACGAUAAGAGACUGCCACAAGAUUUUGGUCUUGAAAGAUGGAAAAGUUGAUGGAUUUGACAAAUUUGAUUCAAUAAUGAACUAUAACUGAGAUGCACUCUUAGGCGAGAGACAUCGAUUGUCAGGUCAAAUCUGACAAGUCCUGCAGAAGUGAAGAGAUAAUAACGUGAU